UACUACUAAAGAUAUGUGCAGCCACACAAACUCUAGAUUCUUGCAAAGUUAUGCGGGCCCCACAUUCCACACAUGCACCUUCACCAUCGGCAGCGGGAACUAUAUCACAGACUCCUGCGCUUGAGCGUGUCGUGUUACCAGCAUUUCCUGUGUCUCAUAUCUGGAACGAACAAACUCUCCAAUGGAGCAAAGUAAUGCGAGAUGGGAGUGGUUCCGUUAUGAGGUCACGGUGAGGGACUGAGCUGAACGCUCAGCAGCGAGCGCAAGCGGUAGACAUGAGACGGACGCGAUAGCUGGAAACAUUUAUCCACACAGCUGAAUGAAUCUCUUCUGGCAACAACAAAAAGCAAAACAACAGGACCGCGUUUUCUUCGACAGGGAACUACUGAAACACAUCGCGCUUUGGCUUUAAGGGCGCAGGACAGGCGUGUGUGUGUACAAAAGACUCCAAGGAAGAGGCGCGUGAGGAAAGUUUUCCUCCGCAAAAACAAACUGGACGGAACAGUGCAGAAAUCGUGACGCAUAAGCCAUGCACUGGUUGUACAGCGUGGGAUAGUUCUUCUGGUGUCGUUCAUCUGAAGGGGGAUGCCUUUUUGGUGGCUUUUGUCAACAAAACUUUAACGCCAGGAACGCCGUAUUAUUCUGUUCGACAAGAAAACGCGUCUUUCUGAACGGAACAUUUCUCGCGCACGUCCAGAGUCGCUGUUUUCUUCUGUUAUUUGUUGGUUUGGCUGGAGGAUCUGUUCCUCAUCGCGUAGUUUGGGGGACAGGGGUUGGGUUGGAUAUCUAUAUAUUUUUUUUUCACUUUUCCUUCAUGGCCUCCUCCAGGAUGUAUCUUCUUAUGAAAUGCAUGCUGAUUUUCCAACUUGUGGUGCUGAUCGCGAAAAACAGUCGGGCGCUCAUUUGUUUGCCCUGUGAUAGAUCCAAAUGCGAGGAGCCCAAGCACUGUACUGGUUCGGUGGUGUUGGGGAUCUGCGGCUGCUGCUCGGUUUGUGCCAAGCAGAAGAACGAGAGCUGCGGCGGGGUUUACGGUCUGUACGGGACCUGCGACCGCGGACUCCGGUGCGUGAUCAGACCCCCGUUAAACGGCGGCUCCAUCACGCAGUACGAGGUUGGAGUUUGCGAAGAUGAAAACUGGGAUGACGACCAGCUCUUGGGCUUUGAGCCAUGCAACGAAAACCUGGUUACGGGCUGUAACAUCAUUGAUGGGAAGUGUGAAUGUGACAGCGUACGAACAUGCAACAACCCAUUUGAGUUCGCUAGCCAGGAAGCCUGUCAGACGGCCCUGCAGAAGAUUGAAGAGGAAAGACCAGAUUGUUCUAAGGCGAGGUGUGAGGUGCAGUUUUCUCCACGCUGCCCUGAGGACUCCAUAUUAAUCGAGGGCUACGCUCCACCUGGUGAAUGUUGCCCCCUGCCCAGCCGCUGUGUGUGCAGCCCAGCCGGGUGUCUUAGGAAAGUGUGCCAACCCGGGCACCUCAACAUCCUGGUAUCCAAGAGCUCCGGCAAACCCGGCGAGUGCUGUGAUCUCUACGAAUGCAAACCAGUGUUCAGUGUAGACUGCAGCACAGUAGAGUGUCCACCAGUGAAGCCUGUCCUGUGUCCAGCAGACAGCUAUGAGACUCAGGUCAGACUGACAGCAGACGGCUGCUGCACCCUUCCUACCAGAUGUGAGUGUUUGCCUGGCCUCUGCACCUUCCCACAGUGCUCAGCAGGGACUUCACCUCAGGUUGUGUCCCGCGGUGACGGAACACCUGGGAGGUGUUGCGAUGUGUUUGAAUGUGUCAAUGAGACAAAGCCGGCCUGCACUUUCAACGGAGUGGAGUACCAUGAUGGGGACAUGUUUAGGAUGGACGCCUGCCGCUUCUGCCGCUGUCAGGGAGGGGUAUCCGUGUGCUUUACGGCCCAGUGUGGCGUCCUCCACUGCGAGCGCUACUACAUCCCUGAUGGAGAGUGUUGUCCGGUUUGUGAAGACCCCAUCUACCCGGUGCUCAAUUUAGCCGGCUGCUAUGUGAAUGGCCAGAUCCUGGCUCACGGAGACCACUGGCGUGAUGACGACUGCACCUUCUGCCAGUGUGUGAGUGGAGACGCCCGCUGUGUGGCAGCUGCCUGUGGCCACAGCUGCCUCAAUCCUGUCACCGUUCCCGGAGAGUGCUGCCCCGUGUGUGAGGAGCCCACCUACAUCACGAUGGCGCCCCCUGCCUGCGGGUCACUGGACAACUGCACGCUGGAGGACAAGAGCUGCCCGUAUGGCUUCCGGCUGGACUCCAGCGGGUGCAGGACAUGCGGCUGCAAGACACGAGAAGAGUUGUGCAGUGGUCUAAUAUCCAGCUGCACUCUAAAAUGCCCUUUUGGCUUCCAGACUGACAUUCACGGCUGUGAUCUUUGCCAAUGUCGCCCACGUCACAAGAAGUGCAAGGCUGUGGCCUGUGCCAAGGAAUGCCCAUUCGGCUACAUUAAGAACAAACAUGGUUGUGACACCUGCCGUUGUAAGAAAUGUCCCGAGUUGCCAUGUGACAAGGCUUGUCCAAUGGGCUUCCAGCAUGAUGAGUUGGGCUGUCUGAUUUGUCAGUGUAGAGAUCAGAGUUCGUCGUCUGUGGCUCCAGCAGUGAAAUUGGGCUCCUGCCUGUCUAUGGACGGCCGCAGGCACGAGAAUGGGCAGAGCUGGCACGAUGGAUGCAGGGACUGUUACUGCCAUGCUGGGAGAGAAAUGUGUGCCCUUAUUUCUUGCCCCGUGCCCCCCUGUGAUAACCCCACCAUCCGACCCGGCCACUGUUGCCCCACCUGCCCAGAAGAGUCCAGUUCCCAUAAGCCAGAGCUGAGUGAGGCGUCCGUGUGUUUGGCCCCGGGUGGAGAGUACUUUGUGGAGGGAGAGACGUGGAACAUCGACUCCUGCACUCAGUGCACCUGCCACAGCGGACGUGUGCUCUGUGAGACGGAGGUGUGCCCGCCCCUCCUCUGCCACAGUCCAAUCAGAACGCAGGAUUCCUGCUGCCCUCACUGUCCAGAUGACCCAGUGACCCCUCAGACGCCCAGUAACGACAGCAUGCCCAGCUACUGCAGGAAUGAAGAUGGUGAUAUCUUCUUGGCCGCUGAGUCCUGGAAGCCUAAUGUCUGCUCCAGUUGUGUGUGUCUAGACGGAGCAAUCAGCUGCUUCUCCGAGUCGUGUCCGCCGGUCAACUGCGCCCGGCCUGUGCUCAGAAAGGGCCAGUGUUGCCCAUACUGUCUAGAUGCCACGCCGAGGGCCGUGUGUCAUUUCAACGGGAAGACGUACAUGGAUGAGGAGCGAUGGGACAUUGACAGCUGCACUCACUGCUACUGCCUGCAAGGCCAGACCCUCUGCUCGACUGUCAGCUGUCCUGCAUUACCCUGCCGUCAGCCGGUCACCGUGGAGGGCAGCUGCUGCCCCAUGUGUCCAGAGAGCUACGCUCCCACAAACGUGCCCAUCGAGAAGACGGACCAACGGGGAGACAACCAGAAACAUCAGCCAGCCUGGCCGACUCAUAGCGAAAACGAUAUAAUGCCACAGUUCAGAGGUGACUUUGGAAGUCUGCAGAUGCCCUACAAAGAUGGAAAGACACCGUUGCGCAGCGAGGAUGCUGGUCUGCACUGGGCCUGGGUGGCAUUGCCCAUCCUAAUGAUGAUGCUCACUAUCGCCGCCCUGCUGUUGGUCAACCAGCGGAAGCAGUGGAUUCCUAUGCCUUGCUACCGCACACCCAAUAAGACCACGUGUCUCAAUAACCAGCUGGUGUAUGUGGACUGCCAGAAGGGGACGAAGGUCCAAGUGGACAGCUCCCAACGCAUGCUCCGCAUUGCAGAUCCCGACUCAAGAUACAGCGGUUACUACAGCAUGCAGAAACACAACAACCUGCAAGCUGACAACUUCUACCAGACCGCGUGAGAAACAGGAGAGAGGGAGAGAGAGAGAGAGAGAGAGAGAGAGAGUGAGUGAACGAGAACGAGAGAGACUGAGCCCGUGUUCAGCUGCCAAACCUUUGCGGCACAUUGGACACCUACUUUAAAAUCGUAGAGACGGACAAAGCCACCAAACCAAGUGGGCAGAGAAGAGACCCUGCUGCAGAAUAACAAAUAUAAUAGUCACAUAAUUCACUCCAAGCAAAUAAAAAAAAUAUAUAUCACACGUCGACACCCAGAAGUCUCUCCAGGAGAUGGAAACCGCACCUAUGUAACCGAACCAUUACGGAGUGAGCGUGUUCAUUCGGAGAGGAAUAUUUUUGUGAAUCAGAGGUAUGAUAGGUGAGCAUCUUUUUGUGUGAGCGUGGAUGCUCAGGCACAAGUUGAAGGUAAUCGUGAAGUCAAAUGUACAUCUUUGGGAUUAGGACAACUGGGGUGUUUUUUUGUUUGUUUGUUUGUUUGUUUUUAAACAAUAUUUUUCCUGCAUUCCUACUUUUUUGUUGGAAAAGAGAGAAAUUAUUUUAGGAGUGAUCAUUUUCUGACACAAGUGCUUGUGUGAACACUUAACGCUGAACCAAAGCUUCUCUGUGUGCGGUACCUGAUGCGCCUAGAUGAGGCCGAGGAGGGACGUUCACUUCCCGGAGACAGAGGAGACGCUGGACUGUCUAUGGAGCACAGCAAAGAGAUGGGUAGAGGGAAAAUCAGGCGCAUUUUUUUUGUAGGAGAUGCUACUGUAAGAUUUCCCCAGUGCUGUGGGUGAGUGGCCAUUAUUUCUCAUUUAAAGACAAAAGGAGGAAACAGAGUAAACCGCUCUGUGGACACGAGUUCUUCCUGUUAAUGGAUGUGUGGGAUUCUCUAUAUGUUGUAUUUCUGCCUACACAAACAAGCAUUUUCCCAGUUAAUCAUACAAACACCAUUUGCUCUUUCUCCCACAACUAAGGAGAGAAUGACACUCCUAGCAAAGAUAUAUUUUCCUGAAACGAGUCGGAGGAUUGUGUCACGAGAUGCAAGAACAUAGCGAUAGUGGUUUGGAUUUGAGGCUAUGCUUUACAAGUGCCGCUUUUCUUUUGCUUUGAUUCUGUAAACCUCAUUUUGUAGGAAUGAAAACCAGUAGUGAGUAUCGUUUGCGUCUUUUAAGAAACAUUUACCAAGAAAACAUAGAAUCAAAUGGCCUUAUUCCUAAAAAUGCGAGCAGAACGGAUUUUUUUUUCUCUGUAAAUCGUCAGGAAAAUCAUUCUCGAGUUUAAAAAAUGUAGAAAUGUUUGUGUAAUUGUUCAACAAAACCACUUUUGGUUUAGAAAAUAGUGACUAUGCAAAAAUUCCAAAAAUUGUAUGUAAAUCCUAUUGGUUCUGUGAAUAAUUUACAUAAAAAAGGUGUAAAUUGUCGACGCUUGACAUACGAAUCGUUUAACGAACGAUUUCAUAAAAGAUUCUGAAUUGUCGGCAGUUUACGUACGAAUGAACAUAUUGCUAAAUACUAGUAUUUCUGCAAACUAUUACAUUGAUAGACACUCCGAAUCAUAGAAGUUUCGCAAAAGUUUCAAAGAUUCACGGCAAAUGUUCAUGGCAAAGCUUCUAAAUUGUCCGAAAACUGUGAUCUUAUGUUUAAUUACUACAUACAAUAGAAGAAUUUACGCAAAAAGUUGUUGACAAUUUAUGAGAGAAUGGUUCUACGAAUGAUUUACGCAAAAAAAAGAAAAAGAAAAUUGCCUGUGUUUUAUGAAUGAAGUCCAAGGAAUCUGAUCGAAUGAUUUUUGGUAGGGCUUUUGAGACAAACGUAUACUGCUUUUGGAUAAAUGUUUUCCAUUUUCUUUAUUUGUACUGUUCACGAAACGGCCUCCUAUUCUGGAAGCUUCGAAACGUUACUGAGGCACCUUUGUGUUCUGGUUUUCUAGCUGAGAACAAAUUUGGCUUAAUAAAUCCAAAGUUAUUAUAGGAACAUUUAUGUACAUAUUACUGCUAGAAUGAAAAGACCUGAAAUAUUAUGUGAGUAUAUUUGUAUGUGUGUAUAUGUGUUCGCGCAUGUAUGUACAAGUGUGCACACACACAAACGCACAUGCAUUCUCUUCAUCUGUAGUUCAUUUUCCUAAUGAAUGUAUUUAUGAUUGAGCCAAACGAGAGAUUUAUAUAAUGGCAAACUGAUGAUGACAGGCAUUCCAUUGCCUUUUUUGUUUGGCGUUUGUUUGGUGGUAAAAAAGCACAGAUGAUGAUGAUGAUGAUGAUGAUGCAGAAAAAAGACAAACAUCUCAUUUUAUCCUUUAUUUUUGUCUGAUUUUUUUUUUUUUUAUUCCCCCUCUCGUUUUCACAUAGAGCUUUGCUCAGUUGAACGUUUUGGGCCCAUGAGAUUAUUUGGCUUAGAUUAUCGGAUUAUUUGUCUUAUUCGGCUCAAAAUCUUUUUUUUUUUGUGUGUGAAAUAUAAAACCAUAAGAAAACUAAUUUUCACACAAUGUGGACAGCCAAUUCUAUAGAUCAGAUUUUUUUUUUUUUUUUAAAAAGAAGAUUUUGUGUGCAGUGUGAACAAAGCCUUUGUUUCUGUAAGUGAAGCAGCGUCAUUGUGAUCUGACGGCUGAAUGAUGACGCUCUUAAGUCACGAGUCCCUUCAGGUGUCAGAACUACUGGAAUGUUUGAUGGACAUAAGCUGUUGAAGUGAGGGGGCGGGGCAAGGGGAGGGGCAGUGGGAGGGAGAAUGGGCGGGGCUGUUGAUUUGUGAUAGUUUGUCUUGGUUGUAUCUUUAUCUAUAUGUGAUAUUGUUUGUAGAGCUAUACAACUUGGCACUUUUAUAUAGAGAGAGAAAAGUAACCUAUGUGUUUCUUUCUUGUUUUGGUUUGUUUUCUAACUAAUCUUCUUAAUAGAAUAGAGUUGCCCUUUUUACUUUUUUAAAGCCCUUGUGGGACCCUGUGCAGCGAUAGUCUCUUGAACCUUGCGAAAACACUUCCAAGUCAACUUUUACCCCUUAAUCAAA